AGGAACGUUCUGUGGGAAUGUUCUUCGUGGAUGGUGCAUUACCCCGAGUGUGUUUCUUGUGGAUAGUGCAUCAGUCAGAGGAUUCAUGGUACGUUGUGAUGUACGUUAGCCCCUGUCUGUUGAGUCUUUUUUGUUCCGAUAUCAUUGUGUUCUGCUUUUGUGCGUUGGUCGAGCGACACGGGUGGUGGCUGCGGUGCUGCGGUGCUGUGGUCUCCCCACCCUUGCUCACUUCACCUUUUGACCUGUUCUCCUGGUCCAAGCGCAUCGCGGUGGCAACGGGGGUACGGGAUGCCAAGAGCGACACCCUGGAGUUCGUGCAGCGGAUCCUCGCCGACAUGAACGGCAUGGGCACUCUGGGGUGUUUCCGCAUGGACAACGGCGGCGAGUUCACCGGCUCCGCGUUCACUUCGUUCUUCGACGCUGCUGGCAUUCGGCGCGAGUACACCGCCCCCGACACCCCCAAGCAAAACACGGUGCGCAUCGCGGUGGCAACGGGGGUACGGGAUGCCAAGAGCGACACCCUGGAGUUCGUGCAGCGGAUCCUCGCCGACAUGAACGGCAUGGGCACUCUGGGGUGUUUCCGCAUGGACAACGGCGGCGAGUUCACCGGCUCCGCGUUCACUUCGUUCUUCGACGCUGCUGGCAUUCGGCGCGAGUACACCGCCCCCGACACCCCCAAGCAAAACACGGUGGUCUAGAGCGCCAUAUGGCGCGCCAUGAAGGGGGGCCACGCCGCGCGCCGCCACAUCCUCGCCAUGGGCCACGUCAACCUUUCCUCCAUCCCCAACGUCGGCGUCAACGGACAUCGCCUGUGGCUCGCGUCGGCGCUGUGGGCAUCCGCCUGCUUCAACCGCUCCGCGACGAAGGCCAACCUGGGCUGGAUGUCGACGUUCGAGGCGUUCUUCGGCCGCAAGCCGCCCCUCACCGUCGUCCCUUUUUUCCAGGAGGGGAUGAUGCGCGUGAAGCGGGCCACCAAGGCGGACGUCCAAUCCGCGCGGUGCUUCUACCUGCACUGCGCCAACAACCACUCGACGUCUAACGCCGUCGUUCUUCGCGCUGACACCGGUCGCCUCGCUCUCACCAACAACGUGGUGUGGGUCAACCGCCGGGCAGGAGCGCCGGCGCCGGUGCCCGGCAUCGGGGGGGUUCUUCGGUCACCGCGGCGCCCUCACCGGCCGCCGCCGUACCUGCGGCCGAUGCCGCACCGCCGCCGACUCCGCCAUCAAGGACGUACACCUACAUCCCGCUUGCACCAGCGACCACCGCACCGCCGCCGCCCGCUUCCCCGCCGAUCUUCACAGGAUCCUCAGCCCCGUCGCCGAUCU